AUGGCAUCGCAGGAUAAGCAAAAAGUUCUUAUUGCCGGAGACGUCGAGGGCAAUUUUAAGGUGCUCUUUUCAAGAGUGGAAGCGAUCAGCAAGAAAAACGGUCCCUUCGAUCUUUUACUUUGCGUUGGGAAUUUCUUCGGUGCGAAAAAUACUGAUUUAGAGGCUUACAAAGCAGCUACCAAAUCCAUAAACAUACCUACCUACAUAAUCGGUCCAACCAAGGAGGAGGAUAUCAAGUAUUAUCCAGAUGCUAAUGGCGGUGACAUAUGCAAUAAUCUCACGUAUCUGGGCAAGUACGGGCUCUUUACACUGAGUUCGGGACUGAAAAUCGCUUAUCUGAGUGGUGUUCAAAAGAAUGCCAACGAUCCAAAAGAGUGCACAUUCGACGAGAAGGAUGUCACAGCCCUGAGGAAUUCGUGUUUGAAGAGUUGCCCCAGUUUUCGCGGAGUUGAUAUUCUGCUAACAUCUCAGUGGCCAGAAGGAGUGACAAAUUUGGAUGAAAAUAAACCAAAGUUUGAGUACAAUGGAUCCAGACUCGUAUCUUGGCUGGCUACCCAUAUAAAACCAAGGUAUCAUGCUUGUGGAUUGGAGAACAUUCAUUAUGAGAGGCCCCCUUACAGGAAUCAAAAUGAAAGUGCGGAUGGCAUUGAUAUAGCGACUCGAUUCAUAGCGCUUGCAAAGGUUGCUAAUGCUGAAAAGAAGAAGUGGCUGUAUGCAUUAAAUUUGAAUCCAGUGGAUAAAACAAGAAUGUCGGAACUGGUGAUGAAGACAACUGAUGAAACCCCCAGCCCAUAUCCAGCAUCAAUGCUGCAGAACAAUCCAGGAAAGAAGAGCGAGGAAAAGUCCCAGUACUUCUAUGAUAUGGAGUCAAGGGAUGAGAAGAAGAAAGUUAAAAGACAGAAAAUGGAAUUUGAUCAGAAUAAGUGUUGGUUCUGCUUGUCCAGUGAAGAUGUCUCAAAGCAUCUGGUUAUUUCAAUAGGCAAAGAAAUUUAUUUGGCCUUAGCAAAAGGAGGAGUUGUGGAUGACCAUUUUUUGCUUUUACCUGUGGCACAUCAUCAGUGUCUAUCAGUUUUGUCAGACACUAUCAAACAAGAACUAAAACUCUACAAGGAUGCUAUCAGGAAGUACUAUGCUUUAAAUGACAGAGUGCCAGUGUUUUUUGAAAGGAAUUUUAAAACGUCUCACUGUCAACUGCAAGCAGUCCCUGUUCAUAAAAAUCAAGCACCGUCAUUAAAAGAAACCUUCCAAGAAAUUGCUGGAAUCUAUCACAUAAAGAUGAGAGAAUUGGAUGUGGAACUUCACGAGGUAGCACCAGCAGGAACCUUAUACUUCUACGUAGAACUGCCAGACGGUGAAAGAUUAUUUUACAAAAUAAAAAAGGAUUUCCCACUGCAGUUUGGCCGAGAAGUAGUUUGUUCCGAUAGGAUAUUGGACAUACCUGACAGGUUUGACUGGAAAGAUUGUCAAUUGAGUAGGGAACAAGAGUAUGUGUUGUCAGAAAAGAUCAAAGCUAAAUUCCAACCGUUUGAUGUAAAGUUCUAA